AGCAUCUAAUGCAUAUCUUCCUAGACCAGCGCACGACGUUUUCUAUCCCAGAUCUUCUGCUUCCUCUUUCCAGCAUUCUUCUCAUUCUUGGGUUCUGCUUGGCUAGGCCAUACGUUAGGAUAUUCGAGGAAGAAUAGCUGGCCUGGCCGAUAUAAACGCCGUUUCCCCUCCGCUGACACCGGGCGCUGCCAUGGCUCCGGCAACCGGAGAACCCAGACCUGCAGAAGAAAUGCCCACGGCCGCUCAAGCCUACAUGGAGCCAGAAGACGGAGCCCGCCGGGUCCUGCCAGAUUUCCUCCAGAGCGUGAGCAUGGGCCAUGUGAAGCUCGGGUACCACUACCUGGUAACGCACGGGCUGCCGAUGCUUCUCAUUCCCGUUAUCGCGUCCGUGGCGCUCCAGAUCUCGCGCGUCACUCCCGACGAUCUGAACCUCCUCUGGGACAGCGUGCAAGUGAAUCUCAUCCCCGUGGUCGCGUGCCUGUCCGUCGCCGCAUUCGCCCUCACCGUCUACUUAAUGCUGCGAAAGAGACCCAUUUACCUGGUCGAUUUCGCGUGCUUCAAGCCGCCAGAGUCGCUCGCCAUGACGAUCAAGGGCGCGCUGGAGCACGCCGCGAAGAUCGGGCGCUUCGACGACAAGUGCCUCGAGUUCCAGGCGAAGGUGCUCGAGCGCGCGGGCCUGGGCGACCGCACGUGCCUGCCGCCGGGCUUCGUCAACCUCCCGCUCAACCAAUCCCUCGGGGAGGCGCGCAACGAGGCGGAGAUGGUCAUUUUCGGCGCGCUGGACGAGCUGUUCGCGAAAACGGGGCUCAAGCCUCGCGACAUUGGUAUCCUCAUUGUGAACUGCAGCGUGUUCUGCCCGACGCCGUCGCUGUCCGCCAUGAUCAUCAACAAGUACAAGAUGCGCAGCAACAUCCGGUCGUUCAACCUCGGCGGCAUGGGGUGCAGCGCGGGCGUCAUCGCCGUGGAUCUCGCGCGCGACAUGCUCCAGGUGCACGGCAACUCGUACGCCGUGGUGGUUUCCACCGAGAACACGACCCAGCAGCUCUACUUCGGCAACAAGAAAUCCAUGCUCAUCCCCAACUGCAUCUUCCGCAUCGGCGCCGCCGCGCUGCUGCUGACCAACAAGAGCAGCGAGAGCUGGCGCGCCAAGUACAAGCUGCAGCACCUGGUGCGCACGCACAUGGGCGCCAACGACAAGCACUACCAGUGCGUCUUCCAGGAGGAGGAUGACCAGAAGAUCGUCGGCGUGUCGCUGUCGCGCGACCUCAUGGCGGUCGCGGGCGAGGCGCUCAAGACGAACAUCACGACGCUCGGGCCGCUGGUGCUGCCGCUGUCGGAGCAGCUACUGUUCGCCGCCGUGCUGAUCGCGCGCAAGGUCUUCCGCAUGAAGCUCAAGCCGUACAUUCCGGACUUCAAGCUCGCGUUCGAGCACUUCUGCAUCCACGCGGGCGGCCGUGCCGUGCUGGACGAGCUCGAGAAGAACCUGGAUCUGACGCCGUGGCACAUCGAGCCGUCGCGCAUGACGCUGUACCGCUUCGGCAACACGUCGUCAUCUUCCGUGUGGUACGAGCUGUCGUACACGGAGGCCAAGGGCCGCGUGCGACGCGGCGACCGCGUGUGGCAGAUCGCGUUCGGGUCCGGGUUCAAGUGCAACAGCGCCGUUUGGAAGGCGCUGCGGACUGUGCGGGCGGAUAAGAACCUGGGCCCGUGGGACGACUGCAUUGACCAGAUGCCGGCAAAGCUUAACUUCUAGGGUGCUGCGACGAUGAAUGCCGCGACGUGGAGCCGUGGUGUGGCGAGGGUGACUGGAGAGGGUGAUUGGCGGCGGUGUGUGGCGGGUGGAUUCGACCGGGAAGAGGGGAUCAAGGAACGGUUUGUAUUGAGGAGGGGAAUGGAAGGUGCAGGUAGAGCGACGGAGGAGAGCCCAUUCAUCCUUAUCUUCGAGUAACCCCGUAUUUCCUCUUCUCACUCGUGUCCCACCCAGCCGACUCGCCACUCCUUCCAUGUAAUACAAGCGGAGUGCAUCCUCUAGGCGCAAAACCUGGCGCCGGUCGCCUGUGCUGGGGAUGCCGCACUGUGGGCGUUGUGGGCAUUGUCGGCGGGGCAUCGGCAUAGGAGGUUGUAGAGACCCAUGCUUGGAGGAACACAGUGAUGCGUGGGUGAAAGCUCUCCCAAAUUGCCCAGGUUCCGCUCCUGGUGACAAACGUUGGAGGCCAUUCGUCAGGGCCCGUGUGAAGCGGAUCCUGUCCUGUGCGAACUGGUGCCAUGUUUAGACUCUAUUUUGUGCCUUUUUGUCUUCUGAUUAGCCUAGGGUAGGUCUUCUAGUGCUUUCACCUGUUCAUUCUGUCAUGGCAACUCAAUGCUGACAGCUUUUCCUAAUUAUGAAAUAUGCACCCAUC